AUGACACCUGCAGUAGAGAACCCUCCGGCUGAAGAAGAGGCGAAUGCUGAAGGUAAGAAAACUUUCCUUACGUUCAGAUUGAUAAAAUUUUAACAAAUGGUUAGUUAAAAUUCAAAUUAUUUGGCAGUCACCGUCGGUGAGAAAAUUUUCCACCCAAGUAUUUUUGACAGUGACGCAAUUCGUGGCUUGUGAAAUCAUGGUCACUUUGACAUGAUGGAAAGGAGAAACUCAAAAUACCAUCGCCAACACCUUGUUUAACCACACCUGAAUUUGAACUUUACUUUGACAAUAGCUACCAUUUCGGUUAGUGAAUCAGUCGAUUUAUCCGCUGAUAGUUGGUAAAUUACCGCAACUCGAACAUGGCACCACAGUUUACACGUGGAAGCUACGUGUGUACCAAGAUUCAUGUAAACUGAGCUUCUCAGUCUUAAAAGCAAUAACAUGCCCCAUCCCUUAGAAGUUAUUCUCAGAAACCUGGCAUUGCAUACACUUACUUGCCUCUCAAGUCUCCUCUAAAAAUUGGAGGGAAAUAAAGUUUAUUUUACCUCAACUUUGCUGGAAGGAACACGUACGUAUAGACGAGAAUAUGAUUCAAGACGUUCUAUGUGCAAAAUCUUAUCAUAUUGCCUUAUAUCAUUUCUACCGAGGAAAAUGAGUAAACACUUAAAUUUCCAUAACGGCAACUCUGUGUAUUGUCCAUGAUGGAUGGCAUGAGCAGUUGUUACUAGACGGUGGAGAACUGUCUCCUGUUACUUAAGCUUUUAAACCCAGUAGUGACUGGCUUCUGAUUUCUACUCACAGUAUCACCCUUAAAUUAAAGUUCAUGUGAAUAAAUGAAAUGAUCACCAAUCUAAUAAACUCCUUGCUAUUACCAUAGAAAAGGUAGAGAGAUCUGUGUGAAGGAAAUGAGCAUUUAAGUUAGAUUGUGAAAGGUUUAGAAUACUCUCCCACUCCUACAUCUCAAUGAAGAAAACCUUGUCUGAUUAACAAAUAGAUUCCAAGUUGCCGUGUGUCUGUUCAGUAAUAGGUCACAGAUGACGUCAAAAUGUGGUAAGAACAAAAAAGUGGCACAUGAGGUGCAGCCGAGUGUGCCACUGAUGUUCUUACCACAUUUUGAUGUCCUCUGUGAUCUAUCACUGAACAGACGCACAGCAACUUGGAAUCUAUUUGUUUUAUAUGAUAAAGAAUUUUAAAAAGUUUUAAUGAUGACAACAUCUAUACGUCUGUCCUCUAAUAGAUCAUAAGUGAGAACCAAUCAGAAUGGGUGCAUAACUGAGCUUAUUAUAUAAUAUCAAUUGUUUAACAUUCCAGUUAUUUCGGGAACUGAAAGUGACAGUGAUGACGAAUUACCAGAGCUUGAGGAAGGAGAUGCUGGCCAACCAGCUAUUUCAAGUGAAGUGGCUGCUGCAGCUGGAUUGACUGAGGAACCUGUCAGCAAAGCAAAACAGAGCAGAGGAGAAAAGAAAGCCAGAAAAUCUCUGUCAAAAAUUGGACUCAAAACUGUUUCUGGAGUGACCAGAGUAACAAUACGGAAAUCCAAAAAUAUACUAUUUGUUAUAAACAAGCCAGAUGUUUACAAAAGCCCAGCCUCAGAUACAUACAUAGUGUUUGGUGAGGCAAAGGUAUGUUUUCAAUAAGUUUCUAUUUUGUCCAGGUAAUUUUAUCUUACAUUUUACAAUGUGCUUGCACUUUAGAGUGUUUGCAAGGAAACAUUUUGAUUUGUGCUUAUUUCAGGUUAGCUCAUGACAAUAACUCAGUUUUUUCAUGGCUGGAAAGCUGGUGAAUUGAGUAAUUUGUUUGUUAGGGAAUGUUGGACAACAACAAAGGAAUUUAUUCUGGAAAACAAAAGAAAACGGCUGUCAUGGAAAAAAUUAUUUUCAAAUUUUUUUGUGAUGAAACACCUACAUGUAUUUACAUAGAGUACAAUUCAUCCAUCUCGAUGUUGUGUAGCAUCAGUCAAAUUAGUACCCUUUGAAACGUAAGUGCUAUGUUUUUGUCCAUGUGUGCCCAGUGACGAUAAAGAUGCCUUAUGGUGAGGAAAAUCUGCCAAACUUAAAAGCCUCUUUCCUUGUGUUUGUGUUGUUUUGAUUUUGUGUAAACUUGCAUACAUUACUUCAUUUGUGUUGUGUUACACCCAUACACUUGGCUGGAAGGUUUGGUUAGAUGUGGUCCACUGAUCUAAAGAUUAUGAGAUCUGAGGGCACACUUCUACAUUCUGUGUGUGUCUUUAUUACCAUUUUCAUUUUUCACUGUUUGUAUCUAACACACAUUCCAAUUUCUCUUUAGAUUGAGGAUUUGAGCCAGCAAGCCCAAGUUCAGGUGACACCUUUAUUUAUAAUCCUAGUGAUUACAAAUUCUUUUGUUAUAUACUAUGAAUGGAAAUAAAGGUGAACUUUUACUUACACAUUUAUGAGAUCUAUCUUUGCCCUCUUUAAACUCUUUGGAUUGGUACUUUCCAUGUGUUAGUUAAGACGACCAACUAUCCAGAAUAUUUUCAUGACAAUUUUCAGUGAUCAUUGGUUUCUAGGGAAUGAAUUCUUUCUGGAACUGUUUUCUUAAUCCUUUACACCUUUGUUCAUAUGAGCUAGUGUUUGAUUAGAUGUGAUUUUGUAUUAUCAUGCUUUCAAUUAUUGUAGGCCGCUGAGAAAUUCAAAGCUCCUCAACCAGCCCCUGCCAUCCCAGAAGCAAAGGCAGCUGCCAUUGAACAGGAAGAAGAAUCUGAGGAAGAAGAGGUAUGUAGAAAUUUUCUUCAUUAAGCUUCUAAUUGCCAACUCCUGUUUCCUUGUGGUUGAUGGAGCCUUUGCAACAGUAUCACAAUUUUAAAAUUUUCACCAUGGCAGUACCAUCUGAAAGAAAAAAAAACUCCUUUUCCCUUGGUUACAUCUUCACAGAGCAAAAUUUCCCUGACUUUUUUUAUAUGAGAAAAAUUUCUUAGUUACUGGUGUCUUUUCAUUGCUGGAGAUGAAAAUAUGAACUUCCUGCAUUUUCACUUAUACUGAACCUCUGUCAAUUGCAGAUCAAUGAUAGCAAUGUGGAGGAAAAAGAUGUUGAACUUGUUAUGCAGCAAGCUAACGUCUCCAAAUCUAAGGUAUGGUACUAAUUAGUUCCAGAUAUCCAAUACCAAUUGUUGUGGUUUGUAUGCCUAUGUUGCUGUUGCUUUCCUCUUUUUUUUUUUUCUUGUGUUUUUUCCAAAAAAAAAUUUACCUUAUGAAAUUCUAAAUUGAGUUUUGUCUUUUACAUAAUUAUGUCCUUGUGAUUGCAAAAUACAUAUGAUAGGCUAAAUAUUCUUUAAUUGACUGAUUGGGAGAGUAAUUAGUCAUGACCUCAAGCCAAAUGUUUUCCUGUCCAGUACAACUUAACUCAGUCAAUGAGCAUUUCAUCUUCUAACCACCACUAUUUCUCUUUCUUUCUUUCAUCUUUCAACUUGCAUCCCCUGAGGUCGAACAGCUUUUUCUGCCUCUGCUCACAUCAUCCUUUACAGCCCUAGUGUACUGUAUAAUGUUAGGUUUUUUAGUGCUUGCAGGGCUGUUGUUGGAAAAAAUCUGUUGCCUUUAGAUCAUGAUGAAAGAGGUUUUUUAUGUACUUCAACUGAAUAUUAAUGUGUUCUCCCUUUCAAAUCCUUUUUAUAGGCUAUCAAAGCUUUGAAAAAUAACGAAAAUGAUAUCGUCAAUGCUAUUAUGGUAAGUUUCUUCCUUGGUGUAUCAUGUUGUAGAUUGGUAAGAAAAUUGAUUCCUUUCAGGUGUCAGCUGAAGAAUGGCAAUAUCAUUCAAAUGUCCAUCCUAAGGUCAUAGAUGCCUGGAAUGCAGAUUUUUUUUUGGUUCAUUAUUUUCCUGUUAGUAUCCUUUUUUUUUUUUAACCAGCAUCUUGCCAGGAGGGUAUUCAAAACUGUUUCAUCUCUUUUAUCUCGGCUUCCAUCAUACACAGCUGUCUUAAACAACAUGCAAACCUUUGGGGUCACUUAGCUAAUAACAUGGUUUUUUUUUUUUUUCUUUUUUUCAGGAACUGACUAUGUAAAUUAACCGUGCAUCAACUUUUAAAAUCUCCUUUGCUCUGUACAGGAUUUUUGCGUUUUGACAUGUUAUCUUUGGUUGGGAAAAAAAAAAUUGGAAUAAAGUAGCCAUUAACAGAACUGAAAAUGUCCUGGUCUGUUGUUUCCUUGUCAUGUUUAGUGUCUGAAGGUGUACAUUUAUGGUAAACAAGCAAAUAACUAUGACAGAAAUUUUUCCAUAUUUAUGUCCGUGUCAUUCAUUAGUCCUCUGCAGAUAUUCUUUCGCCUGCUUAGUUAAACUGUCUUGAGAAAUAAGCUCACGCCCCCAUUGUCAUGGUUAGAUUUUCACUACAUCUUGAUUUGGACAACAUUUUAAGCAAAAUGGGUGCGGGGUUGUGGGGUCUCGAUACCAACAUCAAAGCCAAAGAAUUGUGCUUUCCCACGAUUCCAACACAAAAUAUAUGGUGAAAAGAUCUCUUUUUAAUUUACGUAUUUACACUACACGUAGAGAUGUAAGAAAUCACUUUACAUCUGUGAGCUUGGUACAGAUUUUUUUGGUAUUCAUGAGAUUUUUUUUUCACGCAUAAAAAGCGCG